AUGGAUCAUCAGCCCCUCUACAGGAGCCACUCAAGAAAACUUGGCCAGGGUUCUCGCUCUUGCCACAACUAUUCAAACCGGCACAGUCUGAUCUGGAAAUAUGGCCUCAGCAUGUGCCGCCAGUGUUUCCCUCGGUCCACAAAGAAUAUAGGCUUCAUUAAGUUGGACUGA